AUUUGAAGAAAACUUAAACAUUGGUUUUGUUUUGGAAUUGAAUGAAUUGACUUUCAAAAACUUUGUUUUCGUUUCAAAAACAUGAAGAAGAUAACAUUUGGCAAAAUAAACCUAAAUGCACCGAAGACAUCUGAUGAUUCCGCUCCAUUGACUCAGGGAUUUGGAACUUUUGGCAAAACAUCCAAAGCUGAGGACGAUGUAGAAACGCAGCAUGUGAAAAAUAUUAUGGGAAUCUCGUCAUUCGGUCGUAAGGCAAAGAACUUCGAUAUAACAGAGCAAAUAAACAGAGCCAGAGAAAAUGCACCCAGGAAGUCGUUACUCGACGAUGAGCCAAACGACGACGAGUCUGAUGAUGAAACAGUGAUUGGCCCGGUACCGAUUCCAGUUGAGAAGAGUAAAAAAGAACAGAAUGCGAAAGGUGCAGAUGAAGACAGCAUGGACGAAAUGAGUGACGCUAGUAGCGAUGAAGAUGACGAGGACACAAAUCUGUUCAAGAAAAUCCCGGCGUCACACGAAGUAAAAAUGCAACAUGGGAGUCGAGCCGUAUUGGCAUUGGCAGGUGAUCCAUCCGGUGCCCGUCUAGCUUCUGGUUCAAUUGAUUACGAACUUUGCUUCUGGGAUUUUGCUGGCAUGGACACGCACAUGAAGAGUUUUCGAACCCUUCAACCGUGCGAAAAUCAUCCGAUUCGCAACAUUCAGUACAGUGUUACCGGCGACACAAUUUUGGUUGUGUCGGGAAAUUCUCAGGCUAAAAUUCUGGACCGUGAUGGUUUCGAGAAAAUGGAAUGCGUGAAGGGCGAUCAAUACAUUACAGACAUGUCCAAGACAAAAGGUCAUGUAGCUCAAUUGACUGCCGGGGUUUUUCACCCAUUCAGAAAGGAUGAAUUCUUAACGAGUGCGAUGGACUCGACUAUAAGAAUAUGGACUGCAUUCAAUUCCAAAGAGCACAAGUCAUUGAUAAAAACGAGGGCCCAAGGUGGUCUGAAAACAAUACCAACCGCUUGCAGUUACAAUCGCGACGCCACCUUAAUCGCAGCAGGUUGCAACGAUGGCAGCAUUCAGACAUGGGACACACGGAAAAUGUUUGUCAACAAUACGCACUGCGUUCGAAAUGCCCAUACCAAAGGCAGUGAAAUAUCUUGUUUGGCCUUUACACAUCUUGGCACACAAAUCGCAACCCGAUCGUGUGAUGAAACGAUGAAACUGUGGGAUUUGCGAAACUUCAAAGCGCCUCUGCAUGAAUUCGUUGACUUGUAUUCGCGUUACGACACAACCGACUGCUGUUUCAGCCCCUGCGAUUCAAUGAUCAUGACGGGUGAAUCAUUGCGAAAGGGUGACAAAAUUGCGCACGUUGUCAUCUACAAUGCAAAGACAUUCGAAUUGGUGAACAAAAUACCCGUGACCGAUUCGCAUGUCAUUAAGACGUUGUGGCAUCCAAAGUUGAACCAAAUUUUUGUCGGUUGCGGAAAUGGGGUCAUCAAGUGCUACUAUGAUGAUAAGAAGAGUAUGAGAGGUGCUAAACUGUGCGCUACAAAAACGUACUUGAAGAAGAAACAUGCCGAGGUCGUUGGUGUGACACAAGUAAUAACUCCACACGCGCUGCCAAUGUUCCGUCAAGAGAAAUCGCGAUCGUUACGGAAGAAACAAGAGAAAGAUCGUCUCGAUCCGGUCAAGUCACGAAGACCAGAUUUACCCAUUACCAGUGGUCAAGGUGGUCGUGUGGCGUCUUCUGGUGGCACAUUGAGUUCGUAUGUCAUCCGAAACCUUGGUUUGAGUAAAAGAGUGGAGGACGAUCAAGAUCCAAGAGAAGCAAUUUUGAAAUAUGCUAAAGAUGCGGCCGAAAAUCCAUACUGGAUCACGCCUGCCUACAAGAAGACUCAGCCGAAUGCUAUAUUUAACUCUGAAGAACCUGAUGCUAAGAAACCGAAAACUGAAUAGGAAAUAAAUGUUACCUGUCCAA